AUGUAAUAAAAUGAAAAUGAUCCUUAACAAAAUGAAGAUAUUGAAUAAAAUCAAAGCUUUAUUCAAAAACAAACAUAAGAACAAUAAUAAGAUGAAAAUAAUAUGGAGGUUAAAACAAACUAAGAACAAUAAAAUGAAACUGACAAAUAAAAUGAAUAAUUUAAUAUUACUUCUUAAUUUCCAAAUCAUGAAUAGUAAGAAGUGAAUAAAGAGAAAACUAUAUAAGAUAAUGAUUAACAGAAUGAUGUCAAAGAUAACUUAAAUGAAAAAGAACAAAUAGUAAAAUAAGAACAAGCAGAAAAUGAGUAGGAAAAUAUAAAUAAAAUUGAUUUAAGUUAAUAAAACUCAAAAAAUGAUCAAAAUUAGGAUACUUAAUUUUCUAAUAAUACUAAACUCUAAUAGGAUAAUAAUAAUCAACAAAAUAACCAAGUGAUUUAAUAAGAAUAGUAAUAGAGUAAAGAAUAAAAACAAUAAGAAAAGAAAGUAGAGUAAAAUGAUUAAGAAAAUUAGAGUUAAAGAAAAAAUUAAAAAAAGAAGACCACAAAAAGAAGAACUACAAAAGUAGAAAUCUAAGAGAAUUAAGAAUAAAAUAAUUUAUCUUAAUCAAAUAUAAAUUAGGAGAAGGUAUAAAAUAAUUAAGAAGAUAAGGAAAAAGAAGAAAAAGAAUAAAAUUAAUAAUAAAUUGAAGAAUAAAAGUAAUAAGAAGAAUUAUAGAGAAAAUAGGAAUAAGAAUAAUAAGAAUAAUAAGAAUAAUAAGAGAAAAUAUAAAGAUAAUAAUAAUUAGUUGAGAAAUUCUUAAAAAGCUUAAUUUUUCCUGUAAAAAGAUCUUAAAAUAAAAGUGGUAAACAAUUAGAUUUUAGUUUUUAAAUUGAAAGUGAAAAAUUUUAAUUAGAAUAAAAAGUUUGUAAAAGUGCUAAAAGAUAUUAAAGAGAAAAAAAACCAAGAACAAAAAGUGUUAUUAAUAAGGAAUUAUUUGAUUUUUACAAUAAAAUUAAUCCAUAAUAACAUAGAGAUCAAAAUUAAAUGACACCUAAUACAUUAAAAAGGAUAAAAAAAUAAUAAGAAUUAGAGUAGAUGAAAAAAGAUUGCUAAAGACUUGAAGAUUAAUAAAAUUAAUAAUAAUAAAUAGCAUUUUCAUAACCAUAAAAAGAAAAAAAAUCUAAAAUUCAAAAUAAAUAAAGAGCUUAAACUUAAAACAAAAACAAAUUAGAAGUCAUAAUAAGAAAACGUAAAAAAUUGAAGAUUAGAAAUGGUCUUAGAGAGAGAAUGUUAAUUGACAAAGAUAAGGAUUCUUAAUUGAAAGCUUUAGAUUUUAUUAAAAAAAUGUAAUAGAAUAGAAUGGCAGCAGAAUAAAAAAGAUAAGAAUAAUUGGAAAAGAUAACUAAUAAAAUGUCAAGUGAAAUUGAAAGUUUAAGAUAAGGUAGUCAAAUAUAUAGAUAAGAAUAAUAAAAAUAAAAAAGAAAAUAAGCAUUAGAAUAAAUUACAAAAUAAGAAUAAAAAAGAUAUGAAAUGAUGUUAGAACAAUAAAAAAAUGAAAAAUUUGUUAGAGAAUUAAAAGAAAAGGCUGCAGUCAGUAGUCAUUAUAGUGUUAAAAAGUUGGCAUUAGGAUCACAACCUUCUCUAGUUACAGAAUUAGAAAAUGGAUAAAUAUAUAUUGAAUAAAAUAUUGAAACAAAUAGAAAAAUGAAUGAAAAUUAAUUUUUAUUAAAAGAAGAAUAGAAAAAAUUAAUAAAAGAGAAUAAAAUCAAAUAAUAAGAUUAUAGUAAAUAAGUAAGUUUAUUACAUCUCCCAAAAGUAAACAAUAAGAAAAAUAAUGAAUAACACAAUGAAUAUCUUACAACUGAAAAUAAGGAACCUUUGCCUGAAAUUAAACCAAAGCGUAAAAAAGCUUGGUAAAUAGAAUAAGAAUUAAUGUAAAAAAGACAUCAAAAUAGCGAAUAAUUGAAGGAAUGA